AUGCCGAGCCAGCUCGUGUUCCCGCGGAGCUCGCCCUCGUUCGCGUCCGUGCUGGCGUCGUCCAUCCGGAACCCCAAGUUCAUGGUCCCCGGCACGGCGCGGCCGCUCUGCGUGGCCACGCCCGCGACCGCCUCCCACGUCCAGGCCGCCGUGCUGUGCGGCCGCCGCCACGGGGUGCGCCUCCGCGUGCGCAGCGGCGGGCACGACCUGGAGGGCCUCUCGUACCGCUCGGCCGCGCGCGCCGACGAGGACGAGGACGCGGCCUUCGCGGUGCUCGACCUCGCGGGCCUCCGCGCCGUCCGCGUCGACGUGGAGACCGCCACCGCGUGGGUCGACUCCGGCGCCACGGUCGGCGAGCUCUACUACGCGGUGGGCAGGGCCAGAGGCGACCGGCUGGCGUUCCCGGCCGGCCUGUGCCCGACCAUCGGCGUCGGGGGCCACCUCAGCGGCGGCGGCUUCGGCAUGCUCCUGCGCAAGUACGGCGUGGCGGCCGACCACGUCGUCGACGCGCUGCUCGUGGACGCCCGGGGCCGGCAGCUGGACAGGGACGCCAUGGGCGCCGACGUCUUCUGGGCGAUCCGCGGAGGCGGGGGCGCCAGCUUCGGCGUCGUGCUGUCGUGGCAGGUCAGGCUCGUCCCCGUCCCGCCUGUCGUCACGGCGUUCAAGGUCCCGGUCUCCGUCGACCGCGGCGCCGUGGGCGUGCUCACCAGGUGGCAGACGGCCGCCAGCAAGGCCACCUCCGACUACGUCCGACAGCCCCUUACCAGGGCCGCCUGGGCGGAGAUAUUCGCGUGGCUGGCGAAGGCCAACGCGGGGCUCAUGAUCCUGGACCCCUACGGCGGCAGGAUCGGCAGCGUGCCCGAGUCCGACACGCCGUUCCCGCACCGCGGCGGCGUGCUGUUCAACACCCAGUACAUGAACUUCUGGUCGGCGGCGCGCGGCGACGCGGCGGCGGGGACCAAGUGGAUCAGGGACAUGUACGCGUUCAUGGAGCCGCACGUGAGCAAGAACCCCAGGGAGGCCUACUUCAACUACAGGGACCUUGACCUGGGGCAGAACGUCGUCGUGGGCAACGUCAGCAGCUACGAGGCCGGCAAGGUGUGGGGCGAGAAGUACUUCGAGGGUAACUUCCGGAGGCUCGCCAUGGCAAAGGCCCAGAUUCCUGACGACUACUUCAGGAACGAGCAGAGCAUCCCUCCGCUUGUGGCGAGCAACUAG